AGCGGGACGUUUCUGUCGUGUAAGUUUGUCAGUGUGUCCCUGGGCUGGUUUUGGCGCCACUCGCUAGGGACAGGUUCCUUGCUGACAGGAAGAAUGAGCGUCGAGAGCGUUUCAGGGGAGAUAGAAAAAUUGUAUGCUGCUGUGCCUCAGCUUCGUAAUAUAUUCUACGUUAUGAGCAAGAUUGGAGAGGGUACGUUUAGUUCAGUGUACUUGGCCAUUGCUAGAUUAAAGUCAGGAGAAGACAAGAAGUUUGCUUUGAAGCAUUUAAUCCCAACAAGUCAUCCAGCUCGGAUUGCAGCUGAGCUACAAUGCCUUACGCUAGCUGGUGGUGAAGACAAUGUUAUGGGAGUCAAGUAUUGUUUUAGAAAUAAUGACCAUGUGGUCAUUGUUAUGCCUUAUUUGGAACACGAAUGCUUUGCGGAUAUUUUACAUUCUCUCAGUUUUGAUGAAGCAAAAGAUUAUAUGUAUAAUCUCUUUAAAGCACUGAAACGUAUUCACCAAUUUGGCAUUGUCCACAGAGAUGUUAAACCAAGUAACUUCCUAUACAACAGGCAUCUUAAACAGUUUGCCUUAGUAGAUUUUGGAUUGGCACAAGGAACACCAGACACAAAAAUAGAACAACUUAAAGUUCUUCAAGUGAAAAAACAGGGGAGUUGCUCUCAAAGUAAUCCUCAAAAUAUACCAGUACCUAGAGAACUAGUUCAACCCUCAUCAACAAAACAGUCUGUUAAAAGACACUGGUCACAUUCAGAAACACAGAUAAACAAAGGAAACAGAGGAAAGGAAGGAUUGCUAGGCGGGCCUACUCAACGGUGUGUAUUUGGAGAGAGAAAUUUUAAUGUCCAUAGUACUGUUUCAAAUGAGAAUUCCACUCUAAAAGUAGUAAAACAACCCAAGAUAGAUGUUUCAUCUAGAAAGUUGGCGGCAAAAAAGACGGUUCCUACAAAAAAUACAAGUGGCAGUGUGGCAAGAAAGACUGCCAGCACAGGCCCAGCGAGCGUGACCUGUGACUGUUAUGCACGGGAUCAAGUCUGCACAAUUUGCCUUGCACGGAGCAGACAAGUUGCCCCAAGAGCCGGCACACCUGGAUUCAGAGCUCCCGAAGUCUUGACAAAGUGUCCCAACCAAACUACCGCUAUUGACAUGUGGUCUGCAGGCAUCAUCUUCCUUUCCUUACUUAGCGGAAGAUACCACUUUUUCAAUGCAGCAGAUGACAUGAAUGCUUUGGCGCAAAUUAUGACUAUUCGAGGUUCAAAAGAGACAAUUCAAGCUGCAAAAACCUUUGGUAAGACUAUUACAUGCAGCAAAGAGCUCCCAGCAAAGAAUUUAAGAAGUUUGUGUGACGGCUUGAGAACUGUGAAUACAGUCUUCAUUGAGUCUGCAGAACAAUCUGAAAUGCAAAAGAAACGAUCUGCUUUACAAAUUAAAAUGAUGGAGAGUCAGGAUGGCUGGUUUGUACACAACACAUGUACAGAAUCUCUGGUAGAUCCCACUGGCAGUAGGGAUGAUCUUGAGUCUCUAGCUGAGAAGAUGGACACUGAACAAUCUAAUAUGAAUGGCUGGGACAGAGUCCCAGAUGAUGCAUAUCAUCUGUUAGAUAGACUCCUUGAUAUGAAUCCAUCUACAAGGAUUACAGCUGCAGAAGCAAUGUUGCAUCCACUUUUUAACACCACUGAGAAUAGUUGAGUGUACACCUUAUUUACUCCCUGUACAUUAUAAGUAUUGUAAAUUUUUCUAAAUUAUUUUAAUAAAGGAAAUAUGUUUAAUUGUAAUUUUAUUUUUACAUGUUACUUUUUACAUUCUGAGAUAUUCAAAAGUAAAGAGCAUAAAGAAAAUUUGUUACCCUCUAAAUUGCUUUUUAAUAUCAGCCACUGCCAUAUGUCAGAUACUGGGUUUCAGACAGAAUUUAGAAAAUGAUUCACUAA